AAGAUCUGCUCCCCCUCUCUCCACCUCCAUCUUUGAGAUAAAACACUGGCUUUAGAUUUCCAGCAGCAGCAUCAGCAGCAGUGGGCUGGCGCUGCGGUUGCGCUGGCACACAUUCACCGUGGGCGCACAGAGAGAGAGGGAGAGAAACUGAGAGACGCUCCGCAUCUAUUCUGUGGAUUUCUUUUCUUUCUUUUUUUGCUUUUUCUUUCUUUUUWAAAUUUUUUUUCAAAUUUGCAUCCAAGCCCUCUGUAUAUCUACAUGCUUCUCCUUGCUUUGCCUCACUCGCACACAGACCAGGAGUUGAUUUCACUUCCCGGAGGAGAGAAAAAAUGUGGAAUCGCACAGUUGCUGCAGUCUUUGUUAUUUUUCAUUUGUGUGGGGAGUCGUUGGCAGGGUUUCCAAACCAAAUCAACAUUGGUGGACUGUUCAUGCGCUCCACAGUGCAGGAGCACAGCGCCUUCAGGUUUGCUGUCCAGCUCUACAACACCAACCAAAAUGUGACAGAAAAACCUUUCCACCUCAAUUACAACGUGGACAACUUGGAGUCCUCCAACAGUUUCUCCGUCACACACGCCUUCUGUUCCCAGUUCUCCAGAGGAGUAUACGCCAUCUUCGGCUUCUAUGACCGGAAAUCCAUGAACACGCUGACCUCCUUCUGCGGGGCUCUGCACACAUCCUUCAUCACGCCCAGCUUCCCCAUCGACGCUGACGUGCAGUUUGUCCUCCAGAUGAGGCCCAGUUUGAAGGGGGUUGUCCUCAACCUGCUGGAUCAUUACAAGUGGGAGAGGUUCGUCUAUCUUUACGACACAGACAGAGGUUUUGCAAUUCUCCAGGCCAUUAUGGAGUCAGCCGUAGCCAAUAACUGGCAGGUGACAGCUCGCUCGGUCGGGAGCGUGGUGGACCCCGCAGAGUACAGACGCAUCAUCGAGGAGAUGGACCGCCGGCAGGAGAAACGUUUUCUCAUCGACUGCGAGGUGGAGAGGAUCAACUUGAUCCUGCAGCAGGUGGUGACCUCGGGGAAGAACAGCAGAGGGUACCACUAUAUCCUGGCCAACCUGGGUUUUUCCAAUCUGAGCCUGGACAGAGUCUUUUCUGGUGGGGCCAACAUCACAGGCUUCCAGAUCAUCAACCCAGACAGCCCCAUCGUUCAGCAGUUCCUCCAGCGCUGGGAACGCUUGGAUGAAAGAGAAUUUCCAGAAGCUAAAAACACUCCCCUGAAGUACACAUCAGCACUGACCCACGACGGCAUUCUUGUAAUUGCGGAGGCCUUCCGGUACCUUCGUCGCCAGCGAGUAGACGUGUCCCGCAGAGGGAGYGCAGGCGACUGCCUCGCCAACCCCGCAGUGCCCUGGAGCCAAGGCAUUGACAUAGAGAGAGCCUUGAAAAUGGUGCAGGUAACAGGUAUGACAGGAAACAUCCAGUUUGACACGUUUGGCCGAAGAUCUAAUUUCUCCAUCGACGUGUACGAGAUGAAGCCCAAGGGACCCAGGAGGAUCGGCUACUGGAACGAGUUCGAAAAGUUUGUAUUUAUAAUGGAUCAGCAGGUCACCAACGAGUCCUCCUCUGUGGAAAACCGAACAAUUGUGGUCACUACUAUUAUGGAAGCUCCGUAUGUGAUGUACAAGAAAAACUUUCAGCAGCUGGAUGGGAAUGACAAAUAUGAAGGCUACUGUGUUGAUUUAGCUUCUGAAAUUGCGAAACAUGUGGGGAUAAAAUAUAAACUGUCAAUAGUGCCGGAUGGGAAGUAUGGAGCCAGAGAUCCAGAGACUAAAACGUGGAACGGGAUGGUGGGGGAACUGGUGUAUGGGAGAGCUGACAUAGCUGUGGCUCCACUAACAAUAACUCUGGUCCGGGAGGAGGUGAUAGACUUCUCUAAACCCUUCAUGAGCCUGGGCAUCUCUAUAAUGAUUAAGAAGCCUCAAAAGUCCAAGCCCGGGGUGUUUUCCUUCCUGGACCCUCUGGCCUAUGAGAUCUGGAUGUGUAUAGUUUUUGCCUAUAUUGGCGUGAGCGUGGUGCUCUUCCUGGUGAGCCGYUUCAGCCCCUAUGAGUGGCACCUGGAUGAGAACGACGAGGCCAAAGACCCUCAGAGCCCCCCCGACCCACCAAAUGACUUUGGGAUUUUUAAUAGUCUGUGGUUCUCCCUGGGYGCCUUCAUGCAGCAAGGAUGCGAUAUCUCACCAAGGUCUCUGUCCGGCCGUAUCGUCGGGGGAGUGUGGUGGUUUUUCACCCUCAUCAUCAUCUCUUCCUACACGGCCAACCUGGCUGCCUUCCUCACYGUGGAGAGGAUGGUGUCUCCGAUCGAGAGCGCCGAGGAUCUGGCCAAGCAGACAGAGAUCGCCUAUGGAACCCUAGACUCCGGGUCCACUAAGGAGUUCUUUAGGCGCUCCAAAAUAGCAGUUUAUGAGAAAAUGUGGUCGUACAUGAAAUCGGCCGAGCCCUCGGUGUUUGUCAAGACCACGCCAGACGGGGUUUCCCGGGUGCGAAAGUCGAAGGGCAAGUUUGCCUUUCUCCUGGAGUCCACCAUGAACGAGUACAUUGAGCAGCGGAAGCCGUGCGACACCAUGAAAGUGGGCGGGAACCUGGACUCUAAAGGCUACGGAGUGGCCACACCGAAAGGCUCAGCAUUAAGAAAUGCUGUUAACCUGGCAGUGUUAAAACUGAAUGAGCAAGGCCUCUUGGACAAAUUGAAAAACAAAUGGUGGUACGACAAGGGAGAGUGCGGCAGCGGGGGAGGUGACUCUAAGGACAAGACAAGUGCUUUAAGCCUGAGCAACGUGGCAGGGGUCUUCUAUAUUCUGGUCGGGGGGCUUGGCUUGGCCAUGACUGUGGCUUUGAUAGAGUUUUGCUAUAAGUCACGGCAAGAAACCAAAAGACUAAAGCUGGCCAAGAACGCCCAGAAUUUYAAGCCAGUCCCUCCGGCAAACACCCAGAAUUUUGCCACGUACCGUGAAGGCUACAACGUUUACGGGACGGAGAGUGUUAAAAUCUAAACGGUGGUUUGUGAAUCGACCUGAUGCGUCUGGAAACAGCCACUCUUUGUGACCCCCCUCCUCCCACCCCAAACACCCCGCCCCCAAAGGUUGGCAUCGUGGAGGCGACAGCCUUGACAUCAGCUCCGACACCGAUGCCUACGUGUCAACAAGUGCUCAUUUGUGGUUAACAAAGCCGUCACACUAACAGAGGGCAAUGACGCAGCAGGACCUUUUGGGAAUUGCCUCUUGUAGUGCCUUAAAGGAGCAUUUUGGCGUCACGGCAAUGCAACUAAAAUUAAAUUCACUUGAAGGAAAUAAAACUAAACAAUCGGUGGAGCUCGUGGAACUUGGACAAGAAACUGCAUCAGAUGACAUGUGGAUGAACUGUUGUAAUUAUUGUUUUAUACUUUGGAAGAAAAAAAAGACAAAAAAAGCCAUGAUUUACAAACAAAUCCCUGAGGUACUUAAAGUCAUAUGAAUCCUUUAAAGACAUAUUUUUGUGGUGAAACCUUAAGUUGGAUAAAUAUUAUAUUUAGUGAGGUAUAAAGUCAUUUUCUUGUUUUAUUAUAAGACUAUUUUCAGUGUCGGAAUAUUUAGGACAAGCAUCAAUCAGUAAUGUUAAGAAUCCAUCAAACUGGCGGAGUCGUGGUCCAGGUUUUACUCAGAAAAACUACAAAACAUUCAACAUGAUGUUCAACCUUUGUAUUUACUCAUUUGUUUUAAAUCAGAUGUGUGAUUUGUUUAAACUGCCACUAUUUGAAAAAUAACCCAUUUUUUWAAAAAAAUGAAGAAGUCUGCCUCUUAUCACUUAGUGCCAUGUUGUUGAAAUCAAAAGAAUGCUUGACAUUUUAGGAAGACGACUCCCGUUUCACAUCACAGAAAAUCUAAUGUUUUAUCUGAUCUCCUGGUUUACACUUUGUAUGCGCUCCACUGACGCUCUCAUUCAGGUGCAGUUUUGGUAAAAAUUAACGCAUCACAGCUUCUUCCGUUUUUGUGUGUUUUAUGCGUUUUGCAGAAGCUGUACAUCGAAGAAGAGCAACAAAUCAAACGUUUGUAGAGGUAAACUUUUUAUAAUUCGAAGGAGGGGGAAAGAAAAAUCUGAGAAAUGCUACAAACUACGUGGCGACACGUCUUCUCCAACACACAGAAAAAGUGCAUGUGAAUCUGGUGAUAGUUGAAACAAUCUGCAACUCUAAAUGGACUCGAGACGAACAUUUUGGACCCAGUUUGGUUUUUAAGUUUUUUUUUCCCUUUUUUUUCUGAUGGUACCUCAACCAUGAGAGUUGCAUGUAUGGACACAAGAGGCCUCAGUGAGGAGGUGGUGUACAAAAGGAUUUUAUUACAUUUCUUUAAUAAAAGCAAGUUUAUAUUCA